UGUGGGACAUAUUUUGUCAAUUGUCACAUGCUUAUCGUAUUAUAAAUUGCUUAUCGAUAUUGUUUUCGUGAAAUAUUUCAUAAUUUUUUCAGGUUAUUGAUAUCGGACUCAGUGACGAGCUGCCAAACAUCACUGAAUCAUUAUUCUGCUAUAUGGCCCCUGCAAUGAGAGACAAAAUUUAAAUCUGUAAUCAUUAAACGAUACAAGCCAUCACUUUAGAAACAAUUUGAAAUAUAUAUGCAAAGAAGAUUAUGAUUGAUACAUUAUGCAACAUAAAGAAAUGCUGUCAUGUGAAGCUCCUGAUGCUGAAUGCAUCACAUCUUUAGCUUGUGUUAGAGAGACAAAAGAAGAUGUUCCUGAAAUGUCGAGUGAGAAUGAUAUGUCCAAAAUAUAUUCUGAUGAUGAACUUUCUGAUGAAGAUGAUUUUGAUCCCAAAUUUACCAGAGGAUUUCUUGACGACUUUUACCGUAUUCGCAAAGACGUCACUGAAAAAUUAAAACAAUUUUCUUGGAUAAAUGGAUAUUGCGGGAUAACAUUCAACCCAGAACCACGUUUGUAUGUGACUGUAAUAAAGGAAAGAAAAAAUGAUGAAGAUUCUUUGAAGAAUGAGAUCAACGACAAAUUUGGUUGGAAAGCGUCUGAUUAUAUUGAUUUUCGUUAUGCCGAUAGCUCAUUACCGACGUUUCGAUAUUUGUCAAAUCAAGAUGUUCCUGAAAUGUUGAGUGAGAAUGAUAUGUUCAAAAAAUAUUCUGAUGAUGAAGAUUCUGAUGAAGAUGAUUUUGAUAACAAUUUCACCAGAGGAUUUCUUGACGACUUUUACCGUAUUCGCAAAGACGUGACUGAAAAAUUAAAACAAUUUUCUUGGAUAAAUGGAUAUUGCGGGAUAACAUUCAACCCAGAACCACGUUUGUAUGUGACUGUAGUAAAGGAGGGAAAAAAUUAUGAAGCUUCUUUGAAGAAUGAGAUCAACGACAAAUUUGGAUGGAAAGCGUCUGAUUAUAUUGAUUUUCGUUAUGCCAAUAGCUCAUUACCGAGAAUUCGAUAUUUGUCAAAUCAAGGUAAAAGAAAAUAA